AUAUAAACACGUUACGCGCCCUGGCUGCGAGGCUGCACUGAUUCUAUUUCCGAUCAAUCAGAAACCCAAGCUUCGAUCCAAGUCGCGCUACCAGUUGACCUCCAUGGUUUCACCCGCCAAAAGUCAAUUCGGCUCUCUUAGCUCUUAACUUUUCGUUGUAUUGCAUCUCUUCAGCUUCGAAUUUGAUCUCUCGCUUUACUUUUUAUAUAAAGAUUUAGUUUAAUUUCUUAAAUUUGAUGUAGUUCUCGUUCAAAUGCCAAUGUAUUCCUCUUUCUCUCUGUCUUUAGAUUUUAAACGGAAGAUUUUGUAGUAAUUGUUGUAACGUAGUGUGAACUAGGGUUAGGGCUUUCUAGAGAAGUUGAUGGAGAUGAAGGGUUCUCGUAGACCGUUUGACGGGCCAAGAGUUGAGCCGGGGCUGAAGAAAGCCAGGUUAGCUGAAGAUGCUGCUCCCGAUGGACGGGGUUUUAUUCAGCAACGGCCGGUCGGUUCUGGCUUGGUCAGCUCAAGGUUUCAGCAUAGUGACAGAGGUGACGCUGAGAGUAGUGAUUCAGUUCGUGGGCCAUUUUCGCAACAGCAGCAUCACGAGCUGGUCCGUCAGUAUAAGGCGGCGUUGGCUGAGCUGACGUUUAACUCCAAGCCAAUAAUUACCAACUUAACUAUCAUUGCCGGCGAAAAUUCGCAUGCUGCCAGAGGGAUUGCGGCCACUAUCUGCACCCACAUUCUUGAGGUUUCUAGUGAGCAAAAGCUGCCAUCUCUCUAUCUUUUGGAUAGUAUUGUGAAGAAUAUUGGAAGGGAUUACAUUAAACAAUUUGCAGCCAGACUUCCUGAGGUUUUCUGCAAGGCAUAUAGACAGGUUGACCCAUCAAUACAUCAUGGCAUGCGGCAUCUUUUUGGCACUUGGAAAGGGGUUUUCCCUCCACAAACGCUUCAACUAAUAGAGAAAGAUCUUGGGUUUACUCCUGGGGUCAAUGUUUCAACUUCUAGAACUGAAUCACAGUCUUCACGCCCUGCACAUAGCAUUCAUGUAAAUCCCAAGUAUUUGGAGGCAAGGCAGCGAAUGCAGCAGUCAACUAGGGGGGAGUUGAAUGAGCCUGUUGCUGAAUAUGGACCUACAGUAUCAAAGCAUCCUGACAUGGGUGUGGGAAGAAUGAGUGGACAGGUCAAGGAACAAGUACUUGACAAACGUUGGCAUGAUUUUUCCAGUAAAAGCAGUGGCUAUGAUCUCAAACAUGGAUUUCAAAAUUACCCCUCCCACAAAUCUGCAAGUCAUGAUGCAUUAAAUAAGAGCUGGAAGAAUUCUGAGGAAGAAGAGUAUAUGUGGGAUGAUAUCACUUCAAGAGCACCCCAUGCAACUAAAAGCUUGGUGAAAGAUCAUUGGACACUAGAUGAUCCUGAAAGAAUGGAUUUAGAAUGUCAGCUUCAGAGAUCACAAAUCAUGAAGGAAAUUGGAUUAAGCUUUGAUAGUGAUACUUCGACUGAUUCUCUUUCCACAGAAAACAAAAGGCAAGCAUCUUUUGGACAUCAAGUAUCAUCAUCGUGGUCAAGAGAACCACAUUCUUUUGAUGGAGCAAGACAUCCAGACUCUGCUAGAAAUAUUUCAAGUCAUUCUGAAGGCUAUCACAACUCCUUCAGUGGGUUAUCAACUGCUGCAAAUUCCAUUGGAAGGACAUCUUUCCAGCCACGAACUGGGACAGUUCCUAUAGGAUCAUCAAACAACGGGCUCUCCUUGAAUGUGGCUCCUGAAUAUGCAGGCCUUAUAGCAAAACAAAGAGAGCCUCGUCGAACUGCAUCUCCCUCUUCACACUCAACAAUGCACCAGCGUUCACCAUCACCAUCAAUCUCAACACACAGUUCUAGUCAAAUAACUCGCAAAGUAGGUGAUCGAGACCAAACACAUACUAUAUCCCAGGUGGAUCCAAGAACAUCUCAGAUUCCAAGGUCUACUUUGGAUCCUCGCAACAAGUUUUAUCAGGAAUAUCAGCCAACACUCUCUCGGAAUGCCCAUUUGGAUAUUUCUCAAAGAACAUCUUUGGUGGGAUCUUCUCUUCAAGGGAGGAAUAAUGUUUCAUUACCUGAGCCUCUAGCAUCAGAACCCCAGGAAUUUGAAUCUAUCCAUCAAGCUGAGAAACCAGUUGUGUCUGUAAUUCCAGGUUAUACUAAGCCCUCGGUUACACAGAGUUCGUUGUCAAAUGCUUCCAAGCAUUCAGGUGCUGAAUCCCCUGGGCAAGCAAGUACUAGCAGUUUGUUGGCUGCUGUCAUGAGAAGUGGUAUAUUGAGUUCUGAUACUCUGGUUGGCAGCUUACCUGGAUUGAAUUCUCAAGAUAGUGUUAGUCCUCCCUUACCAAGUUGUUCUUCUCCUGCCCAACCUGUAGAUAUUCCACCAUCGCCAUCUCCAAAUGUGACAAAUUCUGGUUCUAAUCCAGUGUCUUCUGGUUCUAAUCCAGUGUCGAGUCUUCUAAGUACCUUGGUAGCAAAGGGAUUGAUAACUGCAUCAAAGACACAGUCCCCGACUGCUGUUGAGUCUAAAAUAGCUCCUCAAAUUUCAAUUCGAAGCCCUCCAACUGUAAGCAAAAAUUCAGGUGUGGUUUCUUCGGUGCCAGCCUCAGUAAGCCCUUCUUCAUCUAAAGCUGAAGAGCUUUCUAAACCUGCUACUAAAACUUCUGACGUUCCUGCCAAAUCUGCUACAAGCGAGAUAAAAAAUCUCAUUGGUCUUGUGUUUAAGCCGGACGUUAUACGGCAGCCACAUCCUAUUGUUAUAAGUGAACUUUUGGAUGAUAUUCCACAUCAGUGCAGCAUGUGUGGUCUUAGACUAAAGUUCAAGGAACAACUCGAUAGGCAUUUAGAUUGGCAUGCAUCUAGAAAUCCAGAUAUGAAGCUGUUGAAUAAGGCUCCAAGGAAGUGGUAUUCAAGUUCAGCAGAAUGGGUUGCAGGAAAUGACAGCUUCAAUAAAGGGUCUUGCAAAAAAAUGGAAAGCAGUGAACCAAUGGUUCCGGCAGAUGAAAGACAGUGUAUAUGCAUCUUGUGCGGUGAGGUUUUUGAAGAUAUUUUCAGUGAAGACAGCAAUAGAUGGAUGUUCAAAGGAGCUGUUUACAUGAGUACUCAAUCUUCGGGUGAAAAUUGUGGAAGUAUAAACAAAGAAGGAAUUGCUCUGGGCCCUAUAGUCCACAAAAACUGUAUAUCUGAAACUUCUCUUCAUGAUUUGGGCCUUGUUCAGGAUGUUAAACAGGAAAAGGACACAUGAUGCUCCAAUGUAGAAUUCAGGAAACAGAAAUUUCAGGUUUUGUUUAAUAUAUUCAGGUUUUAUCCAUUUUUGUUUGUUGGAUAUAUAAACGCAAGUUAGACUUGUCCUAGGUUUUAUUGUAAAUGCAAGCAAGCGGAAAAAAAACAAAAACAAAAACAAGUAUAUGCCAUUGUGAGCCAGUCACCUUUGCUAAUUUGGCUGACAUUUCUGUUACAUGUUUCUCUCAUCUCUUUUGUCAAAGCUAAAUUAUGCCUCCAUUUCAGCAAGUGUUGUUAGUUGCCGAACGAACCGCAAUACCCAACUCAAGGAAUGGAUAAUGAGCUUGCAAGAACCUUACCCUUCCCAGAGAGAGAACUUUCUACCAUUGCCAUUUCUGCAAUAUAAUGUGUUUAAAGUUUUUGUCACUUUCUACCAAAGACAAAAAUGUUUUCAUUUCAUUAGUUUCUGAUGUUAAGCUUAACCGUUCUGAUCUGUGGAUGGCACAUGCAAGAGAUACGAUGAAUGUUGUAUUUGUAAAGGAAAGAGAAGAGAUAACCUCUUUGCUUCAGCCAAUAGGUCAACUAAAUCAAUUUGCUGUCUUUAAACUCUUC